CUGGAUUCGAACUUUAUACACACUGAUGUAUUCGCCGCAAUUAUUAUAUAAGUUAGUAUAAACUAUAUGGGUAGAAGUAUUGACAUUAUAUUGUCGUUAUGUACCUGUAAUCAUCAAGAGAUAAAUCAUGCAUUGGAAGGUGUUGACUUUUUUGGUAUGUCUCUAUGGCUUUUUAAAAGAAUACAGACCAUCUGAGGCUUAUUUAUCGGCAUAUCUAACCGGACCAUGGAAAAAUCUGACAGUUGAAGAAGUCGAUAAUGAAAUAUAUCCUAUAUGGACUUAUGCAUACCUUCUGUGGCUUGUACCUGUUUUUCUCCUGGCUGAUUUUUUUCGUUACCAGCCAAUGUUAGUCCUUGAAGGUGCAACAUACAUUGCAACAUGGUCAAUUCUUUUGUGUGCACAAGGUGUUCUGGCUUUUAAAUUCAUGGAAAUCUGCUACGGUCUCGUGUCAGCUACUGAAAUAGCCUACUAUUCUUAUCUCUUUGCAAUGGUUUCUAAUGAACACUACAAGAUUAUAACAAGCUUUACACGAGCUGCAAUUCUUAUGGGUCGUUUUGCUGCGUAUUUGACUGGACAGUUGCUCGUAUCUUUUAAUUUAAUGGACUAUAAACAGCUAAAUAUAAUAUCAAUGGUUAGUGUUUCGCUAGCGUUCAUUUUAGCCGUAACAUUAAGAAGACCAAGCCAUUCUGAUAUAUUUCACUUUAAAAAUCACGACAAAAACAAAGACGCAACAAACAAAGAGUUGGACAACAACAUUGGAUUCUCAGCCAUUCAAGAAAGUUCAAAUGUUGAAAAACCUACUUUCAAGCGAGGAAUUUUAUUCUUAUGGAAAGAACUGAAAACUGCAUAUUCAGAUAAGUCUGUGAUAGCUUGGUCUUUUUGGUGGGCAUGUGCAUCAUGCGGACAUUUGCAAGUCCAAAACUAUAUUCAGAACCUUUGGGAAGUAAUUACACCAGAAGAUCAAAAAGGGACUAUUUACAAUGGAGCUGUAGAGGCAGUUGGUACCCUUCUAAGUUCCAUAAGUGUAUUAGUAUUGGGAUUUUUACCCGUGAAUUGGUCUCGUCCCGGACUAUCGGAAACAAUAAUGGCCAUUGUAUGUGUUUUUAAUACCGCUGUCUUAACUGUCAUGGGACAAUCAACAAAUAUAUGGGUUUCGUAUGCAUUGUAUAGCGUCUUUAGAGCUACAUAUCAUACAGUGAUAACGUUAGCAACGUUACAAAUUGCUAAAUCCCUCACCAGACAACGUUAUGGGUUUGUGUUUGGAGCUAACAUGUUUAUGGCUCUGGUAGUAGAAACAAUACUAACAGUUAUUGUAGUAGAUAAAGUAGGUCUUGGUGUAGACGUACAGACACAGUUUACAAUAUAUGGUGGAUAUUUUGGUGUUAUUGGUUGUUUGUUCCUAGCAGUAGCGUUCUGCACAGUCUACAAGAACGGCUGUUCUUGCCGAGUUGCCAGUGAUAAAAUCUAUAACGUGUCUGACCCUAAACCCAACAUUGCAUGACAAAUUUGUUUGCUAGUACUAAUACUGUCAUUUCACAAUAACUUGUUAAUGAUAGGUAUUAUCUGUAUCUGCAUGUAGCAUUACGUUGACAAUAACAAUUGUUCCAUUUACACGAUG